AUGAGCAAGAUGUAUGGCGGAGAACCUGAUUAUUUUGACAUUGCCGCUAUUUAUGAAAUUAAGUUUCCUCCUUCGCUUUGGAAUAACUUAACCGAGGAGCAAAAGGAAUUAGCCAAGAAAAAAGGACAUAGUGAAUUAAAACUAAAAGAUGAAGUUCAAAACUACAAAUUCACUAGGCCUAACCCUGUCCGAAGCGAACUAGAUCCUGAUGACCUUAGCAACUUGGAUAACAACGCCCUAUUCUAUGGUGCUCCUAGAACCGGAAAAUCAGUAAUGGCUGAAAAACUUGCUUAUGAGGCUGAUGUAUAUCCCUUAGUUGUUAUUCAAGGUUCUACCUUAACUCCUAAAAAACCUGAUAAUGAUAUUGGUGCUACUCUUUUGAUAAAGUUUAUUUACACCAUUAGUGAUAUAACUCACAAAUUAGUAGAAGAUUUUGGCUUUGAAAGAGCAGAAGGAGAUGGCGAAGUUCGUUAUAUUCUAUUUUUGGAUGAAGCCGACCAAAUAUGCACAACUCAUUUGCUACCUCCAAAAGAUGCUUCUUCUCAGUUAACAUUCCUUAAAGAAUGUAUGGGAAGCGAUAGUAAAAAUGAAGAAAAUAGUAGUCAGUUGGAUAAUUUUGAUGGCAAAUUCACUAAUCCUCGUGACCCUAAGAUAGAAGAAGUAAUAAAAGAGAGUUCGAUACUGGCGGCUAAUCAAAUUAGUAAAGCCAUAGAUACCCGCUUGAAACAAGUUGAUGAAACAAUUACCAAAAUAGAGGAUGAAAUAACAGCAGCCAAUACUGCUUACAGUAGAAUUAUAAAAGAAUCAGUUGAAGAAAUAACUACCCUCUUAUCAACCAUAGGAGGGAAAUUAAACCUCAAAGGUAAAACCAUUGACCAAGCUAGGGAGGAUAAUAAGCAAGCUCGAGAAGAAGAAAAAAAAGCCCGCGAAGCACUAGAAGAGCAAGAAAGGAAAAAUAAAGAGUUAGAAAAGGAAUUAGAACAGGCUAGAAAUAAAGUCAACGACCCUAAUCUUUCCGAAGAAGAAAGAGCCAGUUGA